AUGUCUUCUACAUUGAGCGAUUAUAAAUUCAGAACAUUUUUAUUUAUAUGGCUUGAUGAUUCAAUCGAUUUUCAAGAAAAUAUAAAUAUUAAAAAAAACUUUCAAUUUUUGGAAAAUAAUUUACAAAUAUUCAAAAAUCUUGAUGAAUGUAAAAAUCAUAUUCGAUCAAUAUCUUCACAAGAUCAAAUUAAAUUAAUUGUCAAUGAUUAUUUUGGUCAACAAUUCAUACCUGAAAUUCAUUGUCUUCCACAAAUUUUUUCAAUCUAUAUUUAUUGUCGAAAUGAACAGUGUAAUUAUCAAUGGACUGAAAAAUAUACAAAGGUAAAAGGUGUUUAUCAACAAUUAGAUGAUUUGUUCAAUAAAAUAGGAUAUAAUCGAUCUAGAAGACAAGAAAAUAGACGUGAUGAACAAAUAUCAAUCAGUAUUUUUAAUUCAAAUAAUAGUUUUGAACAAUCUACCACCGGUAUUGAUGGUCGAUUCGUUCAAUAUCAAUUACUAAUUGAUUGUAUUCUGAAAAUGGAAACUAUUUCAACAGAUAAAAGUGAUUUUAUUUCGAAAUGUCGAGAAUGCUAUAACGCUCAAAAGGCAGAACAAGACACAAUCGAUUACUUCGAAAAAAAUUAUGAAUCAGAACAUGCAUUAUGGUGGUAUACGUUAGACACAUUUCUCUAUCGUGUAUUAAAUAAAGCACUUCGUACUCAAGAUAUUGAUUCACUUUAUCUCUUGGGUUUUUUUAUUCGUGAUCUUGAACAAGAACUUCGACGACGUCGACAUCCGUCACGUAUUCAUACCUAUCGAAGUCAAUUGAUGUCUAUUGAAGAAGUAAACUUAUUGGAACAUUCAACAGAACAAUUAAUUUCGAUCAAUUCAUUUUUUUCAACUACAUUGAAUCGUAAUAAGGCUAUUUUUCUUCUCGGUGAACCUGAUAAUAAUAAUCAAUUGCAAAGAGUAUUAUUCGAAAUCGAAGCCGAUCCUUGUCAAGAUGGUAUAAAACCAUUUGCUGACAUUUCAGGCAUCAGUAAGUUUGAUGAAGAAGAAGUAUUAAUGAUGUUAGGAUCAGUCUUUCGUCUAAAAAGUGUUUCUCGUGACGAGAAGAAGCUUUGGCAUAUUAAAAUGAAUUUAUGUAGUGAUAAUGAUUGUGAUUUACAAAAUAUCUUUUAUCACAUGAGACAGCAAUAUGGUUCGAAUACUACUAGAUUAAUCUUAUUCGGAAAUGCUCUUAUUGAUAUGGCUAAGUUCAAUGAAGCUGAGAGAUACUUACGUCGAUUAUUACCACAAAUACUUUCUAAAGAUAAAGAUGUUUGUAAAUGUUAUCAUGCUCUUGGAAAAAUAUCAUGUGAAAAAGGAGAUUAUAAACGAAGUUUAGAUUAUUUACGGAAAUCUCUUAAUCAUCUACCAAAAUUAGAAUCAAAUGAUUCUCGAAUUGCAUAUAUUUAUACUAGUAUGGGUGAAGUUUAUCAAAAGCAAGGUAAAAUUCAGCAAGCAUUAGAAUCAUUUCAAAAGGCAUUAGACAUUUUCAAGCAAACAUUUUCCGAUGAUGAUGAAAAUCUAGCUUGGUGUUACAAUAAUUUAGGUAUGAUCUAUCUAGAUCAUAAGAAUUAUGAUCAAGCCUUGUAUUAUCUUAAUAAAUCAUUGAAUAUUAAAACGAAAGUACUUCCUGAUGGACAUCCUUGUUUAGCUAAUACAUAUAUUAAUCUUGGUAAUGUACAUUAUUAUCGUCAUGAAUAUGAUCAUGCAUUAGAGAAAUAUGAAGUAUCGUAUAAAAUUUUUAAAAGAUCUCUUACUCCUCAGCAUCCUUCAGUCGCAAGAGCACUCAAGAAUAUAGGUGUUGUUUAUGAAACUAAAAAGAAUUUUAUUGAAGCAAAAAAGAAUUAUGAAGAAGCAUUUAAUAUUCGUAAACUUUUUGUAGCUGAAUCACAUCCUGAUGUGAUUGAAAUUGGGAAUGAUAUUGAACGUGUAUCACUAAAAAUCCAAUAA